AUGGUGCAAAGGGAGGCCAAGAAGGUCAUGGAUCCACUUUAUGGCAGACAAGCAAUGCAGGGGCCAAAUCUGCAAUCAGGAAGUAAGGACCAGAAACCAGUGGUGAAACGGAAGAACUUUGCUACUGAAUUGACCUCAGGAAUUGCUAGUAAAUCUUCAUCAGUGUCUCAGUCGAUGCAUCCUAAGUUCAGCAGCAGUGCCAAUAAUAGUAGUAGCAGUGGUAGCCAGCAGGGCAAAACUGAAAGUAACUUUGCGUUUGUGAAGCCAUGUUGGUACUGUAAGGAAGGACAUACUAUGGAGAACUGCAAUAAGUUAAAGGCAAAGUCACUGGAUGAUAGGAGAGACUUUAUUAAAUCCAAGGGGAUUUGUUUUGCAUGCCUUAAACCUGGGCACCGGGCUCGAUUUUGUCAUAACCGGGCAAAGUGUUUGAAUUGUGGUGGCUCACACCCUACAUUGCUUCAUAGAGAGGCGGCGCCAACUGUGGAGUCGAGUGAAAGGAAAACAUGUGCGUCAACCAUCACAAGUGAAACUGGUGCCAACACACAAAGUGGUAAUGGAGAUGACCUACUGUGCUGUAUGGGAGCCGGAGCAGAGAAUGCGGGACAGUGCACAAUGGCGAUAAUUCCGGUCCAGAUAAAGAAUUCCGAUGGCAGCAUAGUUACAGAGACAUACGCUUUUCUUGAUCCAGGCAGUAAUGUCAGUUUCUGCACGGAUCAGUUAGCCGAUCAGCUGGGAGUCAAAGGGAAACGUACCACAAUGAAAUUGGAGACGAUGGGAGCUUGCCAGAACUUUGUAACACGCCAGAUAUCAGGACUUGAAAUAGCCAGUCUCGAUGGUGAUAUCAGCAUACCAUUGGGGACAGUGUUCACUAAGUCAGAGAUGCCUGUCACAAGCGAUCUCAUACCAACUCAGAAGGACAUUGAAAGAUUCGAGCACUUGAAGGACAUUAGUUUGCCAAUGAUCAGUACAGGGAUUGGCCUACUGAUUGGGAAUAAUGUCCCAGAUGCCUAUACACCUUUAGAGCUGAAGACAGGGCUAAGGGGCACACCUCAUGCAGCACGGACAGCUAUUGGGUGGAUUGUGUGGAAUUUGGUCCGAGAGAACAAAUGGGAGAACAUGAAAUGGGAUCAUCAUCGUACAGUGAACAGAGCAGAAGUGUCAGCCAUUGAGGAAGCUGAAAGUUUGCAAAGGCUCGAUACCUUGGUCAGAUCAGCGAUCGACAUGGACUUUCCAGAACGUGGGGUCGAUAGUAAGCGGGAGCCAUCAGUUGAAGAUAAGCAAUUCAGUGAAAUAAUACAGAACUCCAUGGAAUAUCGAGAUGGGCGUUAUUACACGGACUUGCCAUUUAGAGAGUCAGAUGUUAAACUGCCGAGUAACUGGCAACAGGCCAUGGACAGGCUUUUGGCUUUACGUAGGAAACUGAAGAAAUCAGAGGACUAUUGCAGGGACUACACCACUUUCAUGAACAACCUUCUGGAAAAGGGAUAUGCAGAAAGAGUGGAGGACUGUUGUAGUAAAGUGGAGGAGGGCAAACAAUGGUACAUUCCACAUCACGGGAUUUACAAUCCUAAUAAACCAGGCAAAAUAAGGAUUGUUUUUGAUUGCUCAGCUAAGUCAAGGGGGGUGUCCCUGAAUGACGCUCUAUUGUCCGGCCCGGUCUUGACCAACACUUGUAGAUGUUUUGCUUAG